AUGGACAAUCACAUAGUCCUCUUUAUUUUUGACAACAAGCAUGAAGUUGAAACUAUUCUCGAGAAUGAGCCUUGGAGCUUUGACAAACACCUCACGGUGUUGCAACGCUAUGACAAGGACACGGUAGUUGAAGAGUUACAAUUCAAUCACACUUCCUUUUGGGUACAAGUACACGACAUUCUGGUUAGAUUCAUGAAUCAAAAGGUGGUAGCGGGGAUUUGUAGCCAAGUUGGUACAGUCAUCAAAAAGUCUAAAACAAAGGGAGAGGGUGGUAGUUUUAUGAGGAUCCGGGUUAGGGUGGACAUUACUAUUCCAUUGAGCCAAGGAAGAAUGGUGUCACUGGGGCAAGGGAACGAAAGCUGGGUAUCGUUCAAGUAUGAGCGCCUACCAAAUAUCUGCUACUGGUGUGGCUACCUCAACCAUGAUGAUAGAGAUUGUGAGACUCAGUUGGAGAGUGAAGGGUCACUUAAAGUUGAAGAUCAGCAAUUCGGCUCUUGGUUAUGA